UCGAGAUGCCAUUUUACCUUAUAAAGUCCAAGCUUUAAACCCUGCAAUACCUUUUCCUGACAAGUCAAAACUUCAAGAAAACCUCUUAUGUCGUGUCGAAGUUUUAUUAGGGAAAUCCCUAGAGCCUAAGAAGAAGCCCGAGAACAUACUAAGAAGUCUCAACAACGCCAAAAGAACUGACAUGACCAGAAGUUCACCAUCGAGAGAAGGCCCUUUCUACAUUCAUGACAUCUUUUCUCAUGGAGUUUAUAAACUUCGGGCCCUUGAUGAUAAG